GUCGGUUGCUGAGGCGACCGUGAGGCGGGCUCUGAGCGUGUGGAGACGGCGGCGUGAGGGCGGGAGAGGCCGAUCGCUGCGGCCCCGCCACUUCAGGGGGAACGGUGUCUCUCCCUGCCGCGACCUGAAGGAGGCGGCAUGGGUCUGAAGUCGUCGCAGGCUGCCUUCUUCCCCAUCUGCAGCAUCGAUGAGGUGGUCAAGCUGUUUGCCUUUGAGCUGAAACGGGACGAGCCCGACCUGACCCUGCUGUCCCUGGUGCUGGGCUUCGUCGAGCACUUCCUGGCCGUGAACCGGGUCCUCCCCGUCAAUGUUCCCGGCUGCAGCAUCGAGGGCUCCCCGUGCCCGGAGACCGGAUCCGAGGUGGCCACCUGCUUCCCCUGCGUGGACCUCCCGCAGGUCAGGGCUCUGCACACCCGAUUCACCACCAUGAUCCGGGGAGCGGUCGACCGGUCCCUGUACCCCCUGAAGGAGGGCUACUCCAGCCGCGAGCUGGUCAAGAAGGUCUCCGACGUCAUCUGGAACAGCCUGAGCCGCUCCUACUUCAAGGACAGAGCGCAUAUCCAGUCUCUGUUCAGUUUCAUCACAGGUACUAAGCUGGACAGCUGCGGGGUGGCCUUUGCAGUGGUGGCUGCCUGCCAGGUCCUGGGUCUCCGCGAUGUCCACUUGGGCCUCUCUGAGGACCAUGCCUGGGUGAUCUUUGGCGAAAACGGCGAGGAGACAGCUGAGGUGACCUGGCACGGCAAAGGUAACGAGGACAGGAGGGGGCAGACGGUGACCGCAGGUGUUGCUGAGAGGAGCUGGCUGUACCUGAAGGGCUCCUACCUGAAGUGUGACCGCAAGAUGGAGGUGGCGCUCAUGGUGUGCGCCAUUAACCCAUCGAUCGACCACCACACGGACAGCGUGGAACUGCUGCAGCUGCAACAGCACCUCCUGUGGCUGUUGUACGACCUUGGGCACCUGAGCAAAUACCCAAUGGCACUGGGGAACCUCGCAGACUUGGAGGAGUUGGAACCGAUGCCGAACAGACCGGAUCCAUUGACACUUUACCACGAGGCCAUUUCCUCAGCAAAGCAGCAUUACAAUAACGAGCACGUCUACCCCUACGUCUACUUGGCCAGCUACUUCUGUCGCAACAAGAAUGUGAAGGAUGCUCUAGCCUCCUGGGGCGAUGCAGCCACAGUCAUCCAGGAUUAUAAUUAUUGCAGGGAGGAUGAGGAAAUUUACAAGGAGUUCUUUGACAUAGCGAACGACAUCAUUCCCAAUCUCAUCAAGGAGAUGGCCAGCAUGGCUGAAAGCUCGGAGGACCGAGGGGAUGGCGAGAGUGCUGCUGAGGUUGCCCAAGGCCAGGCGGUAGGCAGCACAGCCCUGCAGGACCCGGACAGCUUCGCUCAGCUGCUGCGUUUCUAUGAUGGCAUCUGUAAGUGGGAGGAGGGCAGCUCCACCCCGGUCCUUCACGUCGGCUGGGCCACCUUCCUCGUGCAGUCCAUCAGCAAGUUCGAUGGACAGGUGCGUCACAAGGUGACGAUCAUUGUGAAAGAGGCCGAGCCCACCGAGGACGAUGACCAGCACAGUGAUGAUUCCCGUGACGCUCGGAGGCGUGGUCCCCGCCGGGAGUCCAAGGCUGAGGAGCCCCCUCCCAUGAAGAAAUUCCUGUCCGAGAAGAUUGUGGAGCGUCGGCGUUCGGCCCCCAGCCAGCGGAGUGUCCCCCCUCCUGUGCCAGCUGCCCCCACGCCUGCCCCUGCCCCUGCCCCUGCCCCAGGGGGUGCCUGUGUCACCUUCCACAGUGAGAAGAUGAAAGGCAUGAAGGAGCUGCUGACUGCUCUGAAGAUCAACUCCAGUGCCAUCAAACUGCAGCUCACUGCCCAGUCCCAGGUUCAGCUGAAGAAGCUCAAACUCAGCUCAGCCAGCGACUACACCCUGUCCUUCAUGAAGAGGCAACGCAAGUCACUGUAG